CUAACCUUAUAUCCACGUAAUUACGUGGAUUUGGUGCGAAUAGACACAGCGAAUGAGUAAACCCGAAAUAAAUAAUCAGAUUGUGCUUAUGCGCAAGGAUGCACUUCAGGCACGUGUGCACGUUAUCAAAAAACUUUCAAGAGAUGCCCAGAAAUUGCGCAGUAAGAAAGGUACAGAAGCGGAAAAAGCAAAAAAUCUCAGAAAAGCAGAUAGGAUAGCUGCUGAAAUUCUUGCAGCAAAAAAGGUUCAAAAGGAUGAAUUUACAAUUUUUGCCUUGACGAAUUCAAUGACACUAGAAGAAAUUCUUACGGACCAGAAGUCAGAACCGUUGACAAAAUUCAAAGCGAGAAUUGCAUACAAUAAGAAAUUUCAACAAAAAAUUGCAGGUUUCAAAGAAAAAUAUCCCAAUUACCUGGAAUUUUUAAAACCUGGUAAGAAAAAAAAAGUGAAGCUUGAAAGAAAACAAAAGAAAGAGUUAAAAAAGAGUCAAGAAGUCAAAAAUAGUUCUAAAAAGGAUGGGAAAAAGGUAAAAAAAGCUAAUGAGAAAUUCAUCGAUGUGCCUGAUAAAAGUGACGAAGAAAAAUCAAUAAGUGAAAAUGAUACUGAUUGCGAAUUUGAAAGCGAUAACGAAGUUUUGGAUACAAGUAUUGCUAAAAAAGCAUGUAAAAAGAAACACAACAAUUCAGAAGUAGAGUCGUUUGAAAGUUUAGAAAUCAAGAAACCUAAAAAAUCAUCUGAUAAACUAAAAACACAGGAAAAUAUAAAAUCUGCUGAAAAAUUAGAUUCUUUUAAAUCAAAAAGUUUGAAGAAAAAACAAAAAGUGGAUGUUACUAAAACUAUUAGUAAAAAAGCAAUUAGUGAAAAGUACGAUGAAACAGAGAAAAGUGAUGAUAAUUCAUGUGAAAAUCAGGAUCAUGAGAUGGAUUCCAUUGAUUCAGAGGAAGAGGGGAAUAAAGAAGCUCACCCAUUUUUUAUUACGGGAAAUGAAAAGAAAGAAGAUGUGACGUUGAAUAAAAAAUCGGAUUUAGCUGAAUCCAAAAAGUUGAAUAAGAAAAAAAAGAAAAUGAUGAAUAUUACUAAAACUAUUAGUAAAUUAGCAACAGUUAAAAAAUUCCAUGAAAUGUUGGAGGAGGAUGAUAUCAAUUUACAAGAAAAUCAAAAUGACAAGGUAGAGGAUUCUAGCAGUUUAAAGACGGAUGUAGAAAAAGAAGCUGAUCCAUUCUUCAUCACAGAAAAUGGAAAAUCGGACUUUUUAAGUGUAGCUCCACGUCAAAGAAAAAUAGACCCCGAAGAAGAAAAAGCAAACGAAUCUUCACAGUUUAAUUCCAGUGCUUCGCGAGAACAUUUUAAUAAAUUCUCCAAAUUCAAAAACAACGACUCAAAGUUUAACUCUAAUCCUAAAUGGAAAAAUCAGCACACGUUUGAAAAUAAUAAAUCUGACUUUAAAUGGAAAGGUCAACAGAACAACAAAUCCAGAUUUGAUAGCGACAAACCGUACUACAAUAGGAAAAAUGAAAACUCUCAUGGGACAGACAAGAGGGUGAACUUUAAUAAAUCAAACGAUGAAAGCCAACACAAGCAAAUGUCAAGGAAGGAAAGGAGAUCUCAAAAAGUGGAAGUCGAUGACACCAAGAAUCUACAUCCAUCGUGGGAAGCCAAGAAGAAGCAGCAGGAUGCACUGAAACUAGGGUUCCAGGGGAAAAAAAUUGUUUUUGGCGAUGAUUAAAGCAAUGAGGUUAUUAAGUUUUGUUAUUAUACCCGUUGUAACACACAUUAUUGUACAUACUUGUAUUUUACAUGAAAAAUAGAUUGCGCGAUCGUUAAAAAUAAUGUACAAAUGCAUUUUUUAUUUUCGU